CAAACGAGCAGAAGGCAGAGGACCGACAUCCCCACACUCCUUCCCCCGCGGUUCGGCGAGCCGCGCAAAACGCCUCGCCUGAUCGAGCGCCUGCCACGGCCUCCCCGGCCGUGAGGCGGGCGGAAAGGCGGGUCUGUGUGAGGAGUAGGCGGUGCAGCGUGGUCAAGCCAGGGGUGAGAGGGAAGCAGGCGACGAGGCCCGGGUAGAAGGCGUUUGGUGCGGGUUCGCUUCCCGAGAAAGCUGCUCACCAGGGAGCCGCGGACUGAGCGCGCUGGAGAGGCGGUAUAGGGUCGGUGGGCAGUGACUGUGGCGUGGUGGGCAGCAGUAGCCCGGCGGAGCCCGAAGCAGCGCCCGUCCUGGAAACAUGCGGCGGCAGGAGGAGGAGUGAGGAGUCGUGGCUGCGCCUCCGCGUCCUUUUCUCCCCGCUCGCCAGGGCUUCCCUCCCGUGGGCUGAGGGUGGAUUCCGGGAGGAAAAUGGAGCCAUUUCCCAGCGUGCCUCCCCUGUCUGCUACCUCUUUUGCUGGCUGUGCAGCAGCACAUGCCAUGGCUUGGUUUGGAGCUGUGUACUGAUUGGCUGCUACCUUUUGGAGUGGUUAAGAUACCAAAUUCAGUUACCCAGGAAUAUGAUUGAAAACAGUAUGUUUGAAGAAGAGCCCGAUGUGGUUGACUUGGCAAAAGAGCCUUGUUUACAUCCCCUGGAACCUGAUGAAGUGGAAUAUGAACCAAGGAGCUCCCGGCUCUUGGUGCGUGGCCUUGGAGAACAUGAAAUGGACGAUGAUGAAGAGGAUUAUGAGUCAUCAGCAAAAUUGCUGGGGAUGUCCUUUAUGAACAGAAACUCGGGUCUCCGGAAUAACAUGUCUGUCUACAGACAAAAUCCAAAUGGAUCAUGUUCAGUGCCCUCUACAAGGACCAUGGUGGUUUGCACAGUCGUUCUUGUGAUUUCAGUUUCAUUAAUAAUGGCGAUUUAUCUUCUUCCUAAAUGUACAUUUACCAAAGAAGGCUGCCAUAAAAAAAAUCAUACAAUGGAACUAAUAUACCCUUUGGCAACCAAUGGAAAACUAUUUCCAUGGGCAAAAAUUAGACUUCCUCCUGAUGUUGUACCACUGCAUUAUGAUCUUGUCUUGCAGCCAAACCUAACUACUCUGAAAUUUUCAGGCUCUGUAAAGAUAGUGGUUAACAUUGUCGAGGUAACUUGGAAAAUCAUACUUCACAGCUCAGGACUUAAUAUCACCAAGGUAACCAUUACUUCAGCAGGAGGGCAUCAAGCAAAGACAGUCGAAUUCCUGGAAUAUCCAUUGCAUGACCAGAUUGCAGUCAUGGCUCCUGAGGCUCUCCUUGUAGGACAGAAUUAUACUGUCAACAUAGAAUAUUCAUCUAAUUUAUCAGAUACCUAUUACGGCUUUUACAAAAUUUCUUACAAGGAUGAGAAUUCUAAGCAAAGGUGGUUUGCGGCAACUCAGUUUGAACCUCUGGCAGCAAGAUCUGCUUUUCCAUGCUUUGAUGAACCAGCAUUUAAAGCUACUUUUUUAAUCAAGAUCAAAAGAGAUGAGAAGCUUUCCACUCUGUCAAAUAUGCCAAAGGAGUUGGACAAGAGGCUAAGACAACUUUCAACAGCUUCCAUAGUUCUUCAUGUACAAAAGAAAGCCACUACUCCUGUGACAAAUGGAAUUGUUCAAGAUGAGUUUUUUGUGAGUUUGAAGAUGAGCACCUACCUAGUAGCCUUUGUUGUUGCAGACUUGAAAAACAUCAGUAGGGAAGCUGAUGGAAGUCUGGUAUCUGUCUAUGCCAUACCACAGCAUCUAAACCAAGUUGGAUAUGCCCUAAACACGGCAGUGAAACUUCUGGAAUUUUAUCAAAAAUACUUUUUAAUAAACUACCCUCUUGAAAAAUUAGAUCUGGUAGCAAUUCCUGAUUUUCAGUCUGGUGCAAUGGAAAACUGGGGCUUGAUCACCUUCCGAGAAACAACACUCUUGUUUGACAGUAAUACUUCUUCAGCAAGGGAUAAAAAGUUAAUAACUGCAGUGAUAGCACAUGAGCUUGCCCAUCAGUGGUUUGGCAAUCUAGUAACUAUGGAAUGGUGGAACGAUCUCUGGCUGAAUGAGGGAUUUGCCACUUUCAUGGAGUACUUUGCCAUGGAGGAGGUUUUUCCAGAAUUACAUUCAGAUGAAGAUUUCCUUAAUUUAAUUUUCAAGGCUAUGAGGAAGGAUUCCUUGAAUUCUUCACAUCCAGUCUCUUCUGCUGUUCAGUCUUCAGAGCAAAUUGAAGAAAUGUUUGAUGCACUUUCGUAUAUCAAGGGAGCUUCACUUCUUUUGAUGCUAAAGCAUUAUCUUGGUAAGGAUGUUUUCCAAGCUGGCAUUGAAAUGUACUUGCAUAAUCACAACUAUGGAUCUGCCCGGAGUGAUGAUUUGUGGGACAGCAUGAAUGAGAUCACCAAUGGAACACUAGAUGUAAAAAAGUUGAUGAAAACUUGGAUUCUGCAUAAAGGAUUUCCUUUAGUCACUGUUGUCCGAAAAGGAAAGAUUAUUUCUGUGCAGCAAGAGAAAUUUUUGUAUUGUGUGGAUCCAGAAAAUUGGACAUCAGAUGCAAGUUUUCUGUGGCAUAUUCCUCUGACCUACAUAACUAGUAGCUGCAACUUGACCCAUUGUACUAAUGCGUAUUUACUGGACCAAAAGUCAGCUGUCAUUGAACUUCCAGAAGAGGUGGAAUGGAUAAAAUUCAAUGUGCACAUGAACGGCUAUUACAUAGUACACUAUGCAGAAGACUGGAAAACACUGAUUGCUCUGUUGAAAAAAAACCACACUGCUUUGAGUCCUAAAGACAGAGCCAAUUUGAUCAACAAUAUCUUCAACCUUGCAGGUCUAGGAAAAGAGUCUCUGGAAAAGGCCUUUGAGCUGAUCGAUUAUCUUAACAAAGAGAGCAGCACUGCACCACUCACUCAAGCUUUGUAUCAGCUGAGUCUUAUAUACAGCCUUUUAGAGAAAAACGGUGAACAGCAACUGGCAGCACGAGUCAUGCAUAGAAUAGAGCAGCUGCUGGGAGAUAAAAUUGAUAAACAGUGUUGGACAGAUGAGGGGACCAUGUCUGAACGAGAGCUCCGGUCAACACUGCUAGCUUUUGCCUGCACUCAUGAUAUAAGAAACUGUAGAACAACUGCCACUGAGAUGUUUGAGAAGUGGAUGAAGUCUAAUGGAACAAUGAGUCUGCCUAGUGAUGUGAUGAAAGCCAUAUUUACAGCUGGAGCCAAAUCUAGUGAUGGUUGGGAAUUCCUCCUAAAGAUGUACUCCUCUUCAGUUUCUGAAGCAGAGAAAAGCAAAAUGAUUGAAGCCUUGGCCAGCACAGAUGAUGUCAGAAAGCUGAUAUGGUUAAUGCAGAACAGCCUUGAAGAAGAAGAAAUCAGGGCACAGGAGCUUUCACAUAUCAUAGCAACUGUUAGCCAGAGUUUGCCCGGAUAUUUGCUGGCCUGGGACUUUGUCAAAGAGAACUGGGACAAGCUUACACGAAAGUUUCACUUAGGCUCAUAUACUAUCCAGAAUAUUGUUAGUUGGUCAACUUCUCAAUUUGCAACAAAAGCACAUCUACUUGAGGUAAAGUCAUUUUUUGAGUCAAAAUCAGAGGAGAGUUCUCAACUGCGUUGUGUAAAAGAGGCAAUUGACACAAUUCAGCUCAAUAUCCAGUGGAUGGAGAGGAACUUAGCAAAGCUACAAGAACUGCUGUAAUGUGCAUAAUGCUGUGAUGUGUCAGCCAUUUAGGAACAAUGUGGGCAGUUGCUGUGUUUCUUUUGCAAAAGCCAAGGUGAAACCAGGCAUCACUGCCACAUUGUUUGCACUGUUAAGGAAUCUAGGUAGCUCAGGGCAUGUCUCAGAUAAAUUCUUAUUUUCCUUGGAGCAUUUAUAGGCAAGAUAUAAGUAUUUAUUCUGAAACCAUUUUCAUCUACAGACCAAACAUCUGCAUAAAUGAUUAAAUAUAAUUUUAUAUUUGAAAUAUAUACCCUUUCAUUUGGAGUUGUGUUGUAGUUUCUUAGCAGUGGGUUAAUAUUGACAGUUAGGGUACCGAAAGAAAGAGUUAACAUGAUCUGUUACUCCUCUGCAGACUGCUUGUUGAGCAGUAUAUUUUUUAAUGCAAACUGUAGGUGGUUUCCACAUUUGUAGAUACAGAUAUGUUGUGAAACAAAAUCAUACUUCAGAUACAUAAGCAGUAGUGGAUCUUAUACAGUACACCAGUUUAAGGUGAAAUAAAUAAGGUUCCCAUUUGAUUUAGUUUGGAUUUUUUUUAUUUUCACAGUAUUCUUUAGGAAUUACACAAAAAAUAAGAAUAAUAUUUCAUGCUAAUAGUAAACACUAUGAUGUUUGGGUAGUACUAUGGAAGUGGCUGGGUAAUAGUAUGGAAAAAAAACAGACAGCAAAACCAAGUGUUUUAGAGAUUGGAUUUCCAGAAACACUGAUAUGAUCUUGGAACUUUUACUCUGAAUUUAUUAGACAAUUUUGAGAAUCUUAUCAUUAAUCAUUUAACUGAUUUUCCUGUAUUGAUCUCUGAGCAACUGCACAAAAUUGCAUUUUUACAGGUCGUUUCAUCUGUUAGGCUGACGACUGAUUUGUGCCCUUUUGACUACUGAUUUUUAAUUUCACCACUUGUUGCAGAGGGUCUGCAAUUAAUAUAUAUGUCAGCCACUUCAUUUGGGUAAACUUCUGUUUUUUCCUUGCCUGAUAACUUGCAUAUCACAGUAUAAUUUGUAAACAUUGCUCACUCUUUAUAAUAUUAGCUUUAGGAAACCUUUUCAUUAAGAUCUUCAUGACUUAUUCUUCUACUGUUGUGAAAAACCUUGAGAGAAAUCUUCAGAGUCUUCUAAAGAAAAGGAUCUAAAACCUUAAUGUGCUCCAUUAGAAAGGGGAAAUACCUACUAUACAAUCUAUACAAAAGCAGUGAAAAAGGCUAUUUCUGAGGUAUAGCAUAUAUAUACAACACGUGCAAGAGUAAGCAUACCUUUUUAUCUGGGGAUCUGGUCUAUUCAUUUCACUUUUGAUGCAUCUUUUGUGGAUUCAUGCAAGCAGAUUCGGACCUAUUGUUAUCCAGUUAUGUGAUUGGUUAUAAAAUAUGAUGAAAGCACUAACAAUUAAAAGUGUACUGUUUUAAUUAAACUAAUUUAAUUUCAGCUACAGUAAAUUCUGAAGAAGAUAAUAGUUUGAAUUAGAGUUAAGUUAAUGGACUUAAAAAUUUGUCUCAGGAUAAUUCAAAUUGAAUGCUUUAAUUUAUGAAACUGCAGCAUUGGCUGUUUAUUUGGCUAGCAAAAAUUGUAAGCUAUGAUUGAUUAAGCCAUUCUAUACUUUUCCCAUCUUUUCAGAGUAGCUGUCAAAACUACUGGAAAACAAAUUCAUCAUUUUCUAGGUCAUAUUAGAAUUGUGAAUGUAAUUUUAACCUUGAAAUUAUCAGAAAGAAUGUUAGACCUGAAGAGUGCCCAAACAGUUGUUUGCCCAAAAGGCCCAGAAUUGAAUCAUUUUUACUUGCACUGAAGAAGGAACUGGCAAUAUGAGCACUGAAAAUAAAUCAUACUACUUAAAAGUUAUGAAAUUAGAAUUGUAAUUACGUAUGUUCUUGGAAUUUUUGUACUGCCAUGUGUUAUGGCUUCAUUUCCUCCUUUAUUUUAAACCUUUGGAAUCUCUACAGAAAUAUUCGUUCCAUCUUUGUAUUUGUGUGUGUGUACACAUAUAUGUCAUCUCUUUUUCUUUCUAGUUACUUACUUCGUCAUAUUAAAUGAGAAGUCAGUAGUAAAUCUUCACUUUUCUAUCCCUUCUAUCCCCUCACACGUGUUUUACCUCAUCCCUGACUGCAGUAUUGAGGCAUAUAAAAUUUAAAAUGGAAACUGGGGAAGAAGAUCCAUCUUCCUCCUGAUUUCUGCUGUGGAAUUUUAAAAAAUUACUAUUUUAUUCAAAUGCUUUAAUGAUGGCUAUGAGGAAGUAGCUUGGAGCUGAGUUUUAGACAGCAAAGUAUACCAAGAAAAUCCAGAAAAUUGGGGAGCUUGUGGAGGGAUUAUUGAAUAAUUUUCAUUGUACUAUUUGUUGCACAUGCAUUCUUCUGGUAUCUGUUGUCCCAAAACUGAGGGUUUGUUUACGUGGUGUGCAAUACGCCAAUAUACACACAGAGCAGAGGUAUUUUAUUGCAUAUUUGCCCAGAUAUGAGUGUCUGUCCCAAGACAGCACACCAGAGCUCCAAAUCAGUGGUUAUUUAUACAUACAACAUUAAUAAAUUCAUCUUUCUAAUG